AUGGUCGAAUACGAGGCAUGCGCCCUCGGGAUCGAAGCAGCCAUUGACUUCAAUGUCAAGUCAUUCAAGGCUUACACCAAGAAGUUGGCCGAGUUCUUCGAUGAUGUCUCUUUCCAUCACAUCCCUCGAGAGGAAAAUCAAAUGGCCGAUCCGCAUAGAGACUUGUCGUACAUUGAGUUCAAAUGUCGCGGCAAGCCUGCACAUUGUUGUCUAAUAGAAGAAGAGAAAGAUGGUGAACCUUGGUUUUUCGACAUCAAGCAAUACGUCGAAAUCAAGGAAUACCCACCAGAGGCUUUCGACAACGACAAAAGGGCUUUAAGGAGGUUGGUGGCUGGUUUCUUCUUGAGUAGGAGCGUGUUGUACAAGAGAAACAAUGACAUGGUUUUACUCUGA